AACAAGAACAAGAACAAGGGAGACGUUAGUUCUUAUAUAAAGUCCUUUGUUUAUUCCUUUGUGAAAUUCAUCGCCGGCCUCUUCUGUCUCUCUCUCUUUUUGUAUAUCCUGCAUCCCAGAGACAGCAUAUUCCUUUUUUUUUUUUUUUUUUUUCAUUUAAGUCACAUUCAACCUUCUUUUCCUCCUCUGUUCUUCGAAUUUCAAAAUCUUGUCGCAGUAAAUCUUUAGUAUCUAAUCUCCUUGUUUCAUUAGAAUUCUUUUUGUUUCAUCUUUCUGUUUUAGUUCAAAAAACUAGUCACUUUGUUCAUCUUAUUUGUAUAUAUUUCUGUAUGCUUAGAAAAUAUUUGAAACCAUAACAACCCUUUUUUUAUCUUUUGGCUGAAAGUUAGUCUUCUUGAAGGUAAAGACUUGAUUUUUGGUGUAAUUUUUAUCAGUUGUGCAAUACCCAUAUCUCAAAAUUCUUUCCUUUUUGGUAAUCAAGUUGUUUCUUUGUCUCUGAAUUGUCGUCAAUGGUGGUGAAAAUGAUGAGGUGGUCACCAUGGCCUCUUGUAUCGAGGAAAUUUGAAGUAAUUCUUGUUGUUUGUAAGCUUGAGGGGUUGAAUUUGGUACAAUUUGAUGAAGAGAAGGAGAAGAAAAGAUUGGUGAUUGAAAUAAAGUGGAAGGGUCAAAAGAUUAUCCCUUUUGGUCCACUGAGAAAGACUGUGAAGAGGAAUUUUACAGAGGAAGGUGGGGUUGGCGGUGAUGGAGUUGUUGAAUGGAAUGAAGAGUUUAAGAGUUUGAUCAGCCUUUCUGGUUCCACUGAUGGGUUUUUUCUGCCAUGGGAGGUUGACUUUGCAGUUUUCAAUGGACCAAGGAACAAGGUCUCUAUCGUUGGAACCGGAUCAUUGAACAUUGCAGAAUUUGUUGAUUCAGCAACGGAGAAAGAGCUUGAGAUUAAGGUUCCUUUGACAAUUGUUAAGGGUGACAUCAUUCAGGGUGCUCCUUCUCUUUGUUUAUCUCUUAGGUUAAUGGAGUCUAGUAUUGCUCAAGAAUCUUCACACGCUGGGCAGAGAACUAUAGUGCCUCUUACAUCAUCGCCUUCUUCUGUGGAAGCUCUUUCAACACAGAAAGUUGAGGUUUCUGCUGUAAAAGCAGGCUUGCGAAAAGUGAAAAUAUUUAGAGGCUGUGUGUCGAGGCAACGAUCAAAAAAAGAAUGCCCUGAAGAAGAGUGCAGUGAUGGUAGGUGCUCUGUCAUAAGUGAGGAUAUUGGUGAUGCGGAUUCAGCUGAUGGUGAUGCUGAGGAGGAAUCAGAUGAGAGCAAGCAGAAUUUUAGUGUUCAGCAGUCUGUCAAUUAUGAAACAUUGGCCUCUUCGAAUUGGGCAGGAGGAUCAUGUCAUGCAAAUACAAUUAGCAAUCCUGAAGAUGAGGGUUGGAUCUACUACAGUAAUUGUAGAUUGGAUGUGGAGGGCUUAAAUAUUGAGAAUUCAACCAAAUCCGUCCUUGAGCAGUCUUUGCGGCAAAGUAUGAAGCGUAGAAUCUUACCUUGGAGGAAGAGGAAACUGGGUUUUAGAUCUCCAAAACCCAAAGAGGAACCUCUUCUAAAAAAGGAUUGUAGAGAAGAGGGUGGCGACGAUAUUGAUUUUGAUCGCCGGCAACUCAGCUCCUCAGAUGAGUCCAGUUCCACAAGAAGUCGAUCAUCAAUCUCUGAAUUUGGAGAUGACAAUUUUUCUGUUGGCAGCUGGGAAAACAAAGAAAUAAUAAGCCGUGAUGGACACCUGAAGCUACAUGCUCAAGUUUUCUUUGCUUCCAUUGAUCAGAGGAAUGAACGUGCUGCAGGCGAGAGUGCAUGUACUGCCCUUGUUGCUGUCAUUGCCAAUUGGUUGCAGUCCAAUCGAGACGAAAUGCCAAUUAAAUCUGAAUUUGAUAAUCUCAUCAGGGAAGGAUCUCUAGAGUGGAGAAACCUCUGUGAGAAUGAGGAUUAUAUACGCCAAUUUCCUGACAAGCACUUUGAUCUCGAUACAGUCCUUCAAGCUAAAAUUCGUCCUCUAUCUGUGGUACCAGAGAAGUCUUUUGUUGGUUUUUUCCAUCCAGAAGGCCCGGAAGGAAAGGAUUUUGACUUCCUUCAGGGUGCGAUGUCAUUUGACAGCAUAUGGGAGGAGAUCAUUCGUUAUGGAUCCAACUCUCCUGGCAAUGUUGACCCUUCGAUUUAUAUUGUCAGUUGGAAUGACCAUUUUUUCGUGCUGAAGGUUGACCAUGAUGCUUACUAUAUCAUUGAUACUUUGGGGGAGAGACUUUAUGAGGGAUGCAACCAGGCCUAUGUCCUGAAAUUCGACAAAGACACUACAAUCCAGCGACUGCCAAAAGAGACGAAGCCUUCAGGUGAAAAAUCUGCUUGUGGUAAAGCACAAGGAAAUUCAUCGAAGGAUACGAAGCCUUCCGGUGAAAAAUCUGCUAGUGAUAAAGCACAAGGAAGUUCAUCGAAGGAGACGAAGCCUUCAGGUGAAAAAUCUGCUAUUGAUAAAGCACAAGGAAGUUCUUCGAAGGAAACUUCAGCACAAGAGACUCAGAUAGUUUCCCAGAACGAGUCUCAAACCACUGAGGAAGAAGAGAUCGUGUGUAGAGGGAAGGAGUCGUGCAAAGAGUAUAUCAAGAGCUUCUUGGCUGCAGUCCCGUUACGCGAAUUGCAGGCUGAUAUAAAGAAGGGCUUGAUGGCAUCAACCCCUCUUCAUCACCGGCUACAAAUCGAAUUCCACUAUACUAACUUGCUGCAGCCAGUGGUUGAGUUCUCAGCUAAUAAGGAAGCGACAGCUAAUGCGCCAGCGAUGGAAAUAGCAUUGGCCGUUACAUAGAGAGUGCUAUAGAGUUAUGUAAUUUCCCAUAACUGUAAUUAUUUCUCCUUUACUUUCAAUAUUUUGGUGUAUAUUCCGGUGAAUUGAUCAAAUAUGAGGUGACCAUUGGAGUGGUUCAUCCAGGGCUGCUUACAAUUCUACUUGUAGGACAGGGAAUGAAUUUAUCUCUUGUUCUUGAAACAUUUCUAAAACGCUGGCUGAUUUUACUAUAGUUAUCUAAUUUUCAUCUAUAAUAGUA